ACUUGGCAGCUAUAAUCAGAUUCUCGUUUUUUCAAACCAAUAAUUCCAAACAGGAAAGCAUUAACCCGUCAUGGGCGAAGAAGAAAACCCUUCUUGUGCAGAAUCUGCACCAACCACAACCGCAACCGCCAUCACCCCAAAAAACGUUAAGAAACUAACCCUAAUCCCUCUGAUAUUCCUCAUCUACUUCGAGGUCGCGGGCGGGCCCUACGGCGAGGAGCCCGCAGUCCAAGCCGCGGGCCCCCUCCUCGCCCUCCUGGGCUUCCUCAUCUUCCCCUUCAUCUGGAGCGUCCCGGAAGCCCUAAUAACCGCCGAGCUCACCACCGCCCUCCCCGGCAACGGCGGCUUCGUCCUAUGGGCCCAACGGGCCUUCGGCCCAUUCUGCGGCUCCCUCAUGGGCACUUGGAAGUUCCUCAGCGGCGUCAUCAACAUCGCAUCUUUUCCCAUCCUCUGCAUCGAAUACGUCCAGAAAAUCUUCCCCAUCUUCAACUCCGGUUGGCCCCGCCACGUGGCGGUUCUCUCUUCAACCCUCGCUCUUUCGUUCCUCAACUACACCGGUCUCACCAUUGUCGGCUACGUCGCCGUUUUACUCGCCGUCGUUUCCCUCUCACCUUUCAUACUAAUGUCCCUCAUCGCAAUCCCGAAGAUAAAACCUAAUAGGUGGGUUAGUUUAGGUCAAAAGGGUGUGAAGAAAGAUUGGAACUUGUUCUUCAACACGCUUUUCUGGAACUUGAAUUUCUGGGACAACGUGAGUACUCUAGCAGGGGAAGUUGAUGAACCGCAGAAGACUUUUCCUUUGGCUCUCUUUGUUGCUGUGAUUUUCACUUGCGUGUCUUACUUGAUACCAUUAUUUGCUGUCACUGGAGCGGUCUCGGUUGAUCAAACCGAAUGGGAAACCGGUUUCCACGCGCAGGCUGCGGAGAUCAUCGCGGGGAAAUGGUUGAAAAUAUGGAUUGAAUUUGGCGCGGUUUUGUCCGCAAUUGGACUUUUCGAGGCACAGUUGAGCAGCAGCGCAUACCAGAUUCUCGGCAUGGCGGAGAUCGGAAUAUUACCUAAGUUUUUCGGAGUUCGGUCUAAGUGGUUCGAUACGCCGUGGCUGGGGAUUUUGAUUUCGACCAUCAUAACGAUUGGUGUGUCGUACAUGGACUUCACCGACAUCAUUUCCUCGGCGAAUUUCUUGUACAGUUUGGGGAUGUUGUUGGAGUUCGCCUCGUUUCUUUGGCUGAGGUGGAAAUCUCCCUCCAUUAAGAGGCCUUAUCGUGUUCCGUUGAAGCUUCCACUUUUGGUGGUAAUGUGUUUGGUUCCGUCUGGGUUUCUGGUUUUGAUUAUGGUUAUUGCUACGAAAACUGUUUAUUUGGUGAGUGGGGUUAUGACCGUGGCUGGGAUUGGGUUUUUUUUGUUCAUAAAACUCUGCAAGACGAGGAAGUGGGUGGAGUUUGAACAAGAGAAAGAUGAUGAUGGCUUUCAAAGGUAUGUGUUGUGAUUUCAAUCAGAGUUUCAGAGUAUCUUUCUCGCUGUAUAAGUGUAGUAGCAGUCUUAGAUUAAGUCCAGUUUGACUCUAAACUAUUUUAAGAAAUAAAAAUUCCCUGUGUAAUUAUUUUUAUUUUUUGUUUAUUCGUGUGUAUUUUCGUUUCUUUAAUUGUAAAAACAAAUCAUUUAUAGUGUUGUAAAACUAAAUCAUUUUCAGAGACAAAAGACAUGUGCUUGGUCAGUUUUA